AUUUCCUGAAGUGCGUACGCCUGAAUGACGACGCAACGAGGGCGAGAAUCCUGAACUUGACAUACCCUGGUCCUUAUUUCUGUUAUGUCGCUGACGUUUGAUUUCCCAGAAUGGAGACUCAGCACAAACAACAACCAAAAACGGAAUGGAGUCGCUUCCGGUGACGCGCGAAACCCUUCUGGAGCGGGCCCCGCCAACGGUGACUGGGCAGCCGACCUAGACGACCUCGACUCCGACAACGAGGGAGCUGCCGCAGGUGCAGGCGCGGAUGUUCGCUCUGCCGACGGGGCCGGGACGCACCUGGGCGGCCUGGACGGAGGCGGCAGCACCGGAGCUGCCGACGCAGCGGCAGUCUCAGGCUGCUGCGAGGUAGCGGAUGAUGUCUCAGGUGGUGCGGCGGCGUCCGCCCCGCGUGUGCGGAUAUCCGGGGACGCCAUACCUGCAGAGGUGCUGCUGCUGGUGCUGAGUGGGCUGCGCGACACGGCCGACUGCGUGCGGGCGGCGGCGGUGUGCCGGCACUGGAUGUCCGUGGUGGCGCUGAGCAACGAGCUGUGGUUCGAGAUGCAGGCGCGAGACUGGGGGCUCGGAGGCGCGGGCAGCCGCAGCAGCGGCAGUGCCGGAGGCCACAGCGCCGCCCCAGUGGCAGGCGGAGGCGGCGGCAGCACCAGCGGUGGCGGCGGUGGUGGUGUCUGUGGUGGCGGCGGCGGCGGCGGUGCGCCGGGGGGCACGUGGCACCGAGCGCCGUACGCGGGUCGGCCGCUGCUGCUGCCGCCGCCCGGGGCUGGGCACAUGCGCAGUCUCAUGCUGCAGUACAAGACCACAUGUGCCCUCACACAGGUGGCUGUUCGCUUCAUGGUGCUGCGCAAGGGCUUUGAGUACUUGGUGGAGGCGGCGGCGUCCCUGUGGCUGGCGGCGCAACGAGCGGCGGCGGCGGCAGCGGCGGCAGUACCGACGGAGGCUGGCAUCGCAGACAAUCAGCAGCCGCAAGGCAGUUCUGAUGGCGGCGCUGGGGUUGGCUCCGCAACGCCGCCAGCAAAGCCGGUGGAGGCGGGUCCUCUGAUUGGGGCAUGCGGCAGUAGUGGCGGCGGCGGCAGUAGCGCUGGGGUCGGCGGCGGCAGUAGCGGCGGUGGCAAGCGGCGGCGCAUCACGCACGUGGACCAGCUGUGGGAGGGGUGCGGCAGUGGGAGCCGGGCGGCGCUGCAGGUCGACGAGCGUUUCAAUGCGGUAAAGGUGCAGCAGAUGGCAGGCAAGCUGAUCGUCGGCAGUAGCAGCGGCAGUAGCAGCUGUGGAGCUGGCGGCGGCAAUAUUGGAAGCAGCAGUGCUGGGGGCGGCGGCGGCGGCUCCAGUGCCACAGCCAACUGGCUACUGCUGUAUGAGGGCGUGUCAGCUGUGAUGGUCAGCAGGUGUGACGAGGUCAGGGACGAGCUGGCGACAGAAGCGGCGGCGGACGCGGCACGGGCAGCAGCAGCGGCAGCCGCCACAACAACUACCACUGCAGCAGCUGCCGAUGUCCCAGUCACAGACGCCGGCAGCUGCCGAGGCGUCGGCAGCGCCGCCGCCGCCAGGGCCGGGGCGGGGCGCGGCGGCGCCGGUGCCGCAGGGGGCUGCGGUGGCAUGGUGUUGCGCGGGGAGGUUGUGUACGGCGGCAGUAGCUAUGCAGACCGUUUCGCCGAGCUACUGCGGCGGGGCGACACGCGGGGGGCGCUGGCGCUUGGGGCGCAGGAGCGGGCGGCGGCGGCGGCCGCCCGGCGGCGUCAGGCCACGGGUCAGGGCGACGGCGCUGGCGGCGGCGGCAGCGGCGGCGGCGACGGCAGGGGCUGCGACGCGGUAAAUGUAGUGGAGGCAGAGGCGGCGGCAGAAGCGGCUGAGGAAGAAGAGGCGGCGGGGGAGCUGGAGGAGGAGGAGAUGCGGGAGGUCGUCGAGUCGGCGGGGGACGAGGCGGCCGCGACGUCGCCACCGCCGGCUGUGGUCGCGGAGGGGCUGCUGCUGUGGCGGCGGCUGUUGCGCUGCUGGGCCGUAUACCGCCGCUGGCUCGAGGUGCUGGUGGUGUGGCUGGGUCCCCUGGGCGCCCGAGUGGAGGCGGAGCGGCAGCUGGCGGGCGGCGCCGCGGCGCACGGCGAGGCUCCACUGGCACCGCCGCACCUGACCAACAAGGGGCUCAUGGCCUUUAGGAGCCAGGUGCUGUUGGCCUACCCGGUACGGCGGCCGCUGCAGGCGGCGGCGCUGUGGUUGGCGGCGCGGGCAGCUCUGGGCGACGAAGGGCCAAUGUCCAUGGCCGUCUCGAUGUCCGUUGCAGCCGCGUCGGGGUCGGCGGCUGCCGCCGCCCGGGGGGAGGGAGGCCCGGGCGCGGCGUCAGCGGCUGCUGCUUUGGGCAGUUGUCGUGGCGGCGGCGGCGGCGGUGGCGGCGGCGGCGGCGGCGGAGGGCUGCUGACGGCGGCUGAGCGCUGGGGCGGCCCCUACAAUGGCUACUGGCUGAGCGAAGAGAACUUCAAACUUCUGACUUCCAUACGGAAGGUGCUGACGGAGCUGGCCUCGGUGCCGGACGACGCGACGCAGCCGCAGCACCUGCACACAGCCGCCAAGAUGCGCAGGUGCUUUGGGGAGCUGUUGGGGCCCACGGGCGGCGGAGGGGGUGGGGGUGGAGGUGGGGGGAGCCGGGGGCGCAGCCGCGGCGCGCGCAGUCGGCUGUUUGGCGGGGCGAUGCCAGCGGCGGUCCUGCCGGGCUGGGGCGGCAUGCGGGGGCCGGGGAGCAGGCCUGUUGAGUAGGGAGCUACAUCGGCAGGGAUGGUGUGUGUGUGUGUGUGGACGUAUGCGGCAGUAUCAUGCGCCGGGUAAUGCGUCGGGCUGGCUAGCAACUAGCGAGUAAGUACUAAGUUUACUGCGCCCGGCGCCAGGGCCUGGGCGUGCGAUGGGACCUGGGCCAGGGCCUGGGCCGUUGGGCUUUGGCAACAAACUUUAUCGCUGUGUCUCUGUGUGGCUGUGUAUCUGCAUUUUUGUUUUAGCAUGGCUGCGUGCUGCGCGGGGAGGAAGUAACCGGAGGCAGAGGACCGCGGACGCAGCACGGUCAAGCGCACUCGUGUUUACCAGGAACACAAGCAUCGCGUUGCAAAGCCAGGUUGAGGCGUGGGUUGAGGGGGCCCACUCCCAGCUGUGGCCGUGGCCGUGGGCCACCACAGUAUGCCGGGGUGGGAACAACCCAGCACACCCCAGACUUCAUAUUGCAAUUGAACACACGGAAAGGCCCAACGGAAAUGUGUCAUCUUAUCUCCAUGAAACG